AUGGGAUGGCACCAGAGCAGAAAUCAGUACCAGAUGGACAAAUCUAGGGACGCUACACAGCAUGAUUUUAAAGACUCCAGACAUGCUGAUGUCAAACAUUUUGCAGGCAUCUCUCACUGCAACAGGUCAUCAAAGAAAAUCUGUAGAAACAAAACCCACAAGAUAACACCUCACAGAAAUGGCUCUACUGGGGUUUCAGCGUUCCUCCUGAAUUGUUUUGUCAGGUCCCCCAGUUGGCAGCACUGGCUAUCCCUGCCCCUCAGCCUCCUCUUCCUCUUGGCCCUGGGGGCCAACACUAUUCUCCUGAUCACCAUCCAGCUGGAGGCCUCUCUACACCAGCCUAUGUACUACCUACGCAGCCUCCUCUCUCUACUGGACAUGGUGCUCUGUCUCACUGUCAUCCCCAAGGUCCUCAGCAUCUCUGCCUGGCUCCAAUACUGUGGGAGAAAUGUCAUUGAGAACUGCAGCUGCACCAACAUGUCUGUCUCCAGGCUCUCCUGUGAUGAUGUCACUAUCAAUCACCUCCUCCAAUUUGCUGGAGGCUGGACCCUGCUAGGAUCCAACCUCAUCCUCAUCUUCCUCUCCUACAGCCUCAUCCUUCGAGCUGUGCUGAGACUCAAGGCAGACGGUGCUAUGGCCAAGGCCCUGAGCACAUGUGGCUCCCACUUCAUCCUUAUUCUCUUCUUCAGCACCAUCCUUCUGGUCUUUGUGCUCACUCUUGUGGCAAAGAAGAAGGUCUCCCCUGAUGUGCCAGUCUUGCUCAAUGUUCUCCAUCAUGUCAUCCCUGCAGCCCUCAACCCCAUUGUUUAUGGAGUGCGAACCCAGGUGAUCAAGCAAGGAAUCCAGAGAUUACUGAACAAAGGGUGGUAA